UAAUGUUUAUACUCAGAAAAUGAUCUGUCUGAAUGUCUUUACGAGGAAUACGUCUGAACACAUCAGCUCUGAGAUCUUCAAGCUCUUCAGAACUUCUACAGAUUCUUUCUGUCAUUGUGAAUAAACUUCUUGAAGAAUGAGAAGCCUGAUGUCUGUUGUUUCUGGUGCACAGUCUUGAAGAGUUUUAUUUGUGUUUCAGUUGUGAAGUGCUGACUGUGUACUGAAUUUUGUAUGAACAAUACAAAGUGUGAAGAAACAUCUUGAAGAAUGAGAAGCCUGAUGUGUUUGCUGUUCCUGGUGAUCUUCUGCUCUGUGCAGAUGACUUCAAGCGCUAACCUGGCAAAUGAAGUGGCAAACUCAAACUGUUGUGGAGAGUUCAGUAAAGUGAAGAUUCCUGUGAAUAAAGUGGUGUCUUACUAUUGGACCAGCAGCAUCUGUGCCAGACGCGCUAUUGUGUUUAAGACAAUUUCAGGGAGAGAGUUCUGCAUUGAUCCAAAGACUGCCUGGGUGAAGAGUCAUAUUGAUCAAGUGGACAAAAGAACAACUGUUACAGAAUCUAAUGCUACAAAAACAUCUGCUACAGAAUCAGCUUCUGCUGCAUUGACAACUGCUACUACAGCAAAGACACAGAGCCUUACAGUUUAAAAGAAGCUACACUGUUUCUAUUUGAUCUCUCUAUUUCAUAAUGUAUAUACAACCAUAUUUCUGAUCUGUAUAUGAAUAUAUAUUCUCCAAAUAAUGUAUGCAAAUAAAUCCAGCUUUUUUA